AUGCAGCGGUCUUUUGUCAUCCUCCUCAUCGCGCUUGCAGCUGAAGUUGUCGUCGCGCAAGCAAUCGGUCGAGAAGUGAAAAUCCUGAUCGGUACAGGGUGCGGAUUCUCCAACUACGCGACCUUGCCAAAAGCGACUGCAAACGAGCCUUCCUAUCGUCUACAGCUUGACCCGGGGCUUGGGAAGGGCAUCUACGUGCUGUACUUCACGCAAUUCAAUCUCCCUGAAUCCGACGAGCUGCUGCUCAGAGCUUCUUCCGAAGAUUCAGAGACGACACCUCCAGUGGCAGUGCUGUCGGGAAAGAACGCAACGGGUGCAUUUUACUCGAUCGCGAUACCGGGAAACGGAGUCGUGCUGGAACUGUUCAAAGAUCCCUCGGUCCCUGAUCAAUCGAGCUCGACUUCGUGUCGAGGCUUCACCGUUAGUCGAUUGCUCUUUACUCCGAAAAAGCUCGUCGAUAAGGCUCAUUAUUUGCAAGGCGCUGUCGAGGUGCCGCUAAUCGAACCGGCCAACUUGACUGAAAGCGAUGACAACGACCACAUCAACAACGAAAGUCUCUGUGGUGCAGAUGAAUCCGUCGAAGCUGUUUGCACACCGAAUGCAACCAACAACAGUACUGAAGGAGCCGUCAUGCUGGCCAAGUCGCAACCGGUAGCACGACUGUCGAUCAUCAAGGACAACGGCAUGGCAAUCGCCUACUGUACGGGAUGGCUGCUCGGUUGUGAGGGUCAUUUGAUCACGAAUCAGCACUGCAUCGGCAACAGCCAAGAUGCGCUAAAUACCAGGGUCGAGUUUCUUGCUCAGUCGACGAGCUGCAGUACAAAUGACACUUGCAACUCGCGUGGGGAAUGUCCAGGACCGAUCGGCGUGGCGUCGACGACGCUUGUGGCCGUGUCGGAAGAAUUGGACUAUGCGCUGGUUCGACUUGGUAUCAACGACAGUGUGGCGAAUUACUCUGGCUUGUAUGAGAAGACGAAUGGCUACCUACAGCUCCGUCCAUCUGGAGCAGUGCUGAAAGAGUCAAUUUACAUUCCGCAGCAUCCGCUAGGCUACGGCAAACGCAUUGCGUGGCUGCAUAAUGGCCAACCGGGACGGAUCGAGUCACUCACAGCCACGGGAUGCCGACGAGACGACGUGGGCUACUACAUCGAUACCCAGGAAGGAGCCUCGGGCUCACCCAUCCUCGCCACGAGUGAUCAUCAGGUUAUUGCGAUGCACCACUGCGGUGGCUGCCUGAAUGGCGCGAUACCAGCGCAAUCGAUAAUCGAGGAUCUCACCACAAAAGGCGUGUUACCGAAUUGCUCCGUCGCAACUCGUGCAGGUCAAUAA